CCCGAGGAUUCAACUGCCAUUGACGGUCUCCUGUUGAACGGUCUUUCGGUUUUCCCGCUUUUUAAUUUUUUGUCCACUCAUUGUCUCCCGGAGACCUCGCAAUAAUGGCUUCACAGGGUGUCAACGUCCUCCGCUACUCCGCUCUUGUGGCCGGUCUCGUCUACGGAGUCUACCACCAGUCGUCCCUCAACUCGGUCGCCAAGCGCGCUGAGGUCGAGCACGAGUACGCCCGCAAGGAGCGCCUGAUCGAGCAGGCUAAGGCCGAGUGGAAGAAGCGCACCCAGCCCCAGGAGACUCAGACACAAGCCACUGGCCUCAUCACCGACCCCGAGAACCCCAAAUUCGACCUCGAGGCAUUCUUGCAGGCCAAGGCUUAGUCGUCUUGAAUAAUGGAAAUGGUAUAGAGGAGGAAUGAUACGCAACUCCUUGCGGAACUCGCACCUCCCCCCAGGGUAUUAGAAGGGAUUUGCUCGGAUCCAUUUACUUGUACGAUUGUUUGGGGCCAAUUCCCCUUGAGUUGCAACAUUGCGAGCGAAAGACGGAAUGGUCUCUUUUUGAUUCGUUUUCUUUUUUUUUUCUCAUCGGUUUAGACGUUAUCAUUUGGGUCCUGUACAUACCCUGGGCUGUCGUGCGUCUGUACACUACAGUUUGGACCACAAGAAAGAGCAAAAGAUCGUUAUGCAUUCCGGCGUUACUUCGGCCUCC